GCCUCGUCGCGCGCACUGCAGUCGUCGCCGCGCACGGACAGCACGAACAUCUGCUCCGUAGACGUGAGUGUGGAUCGUGAGAUCUUUUUAUUUCGGUGUUCCCUCGACACGCGGUUUCGAGAAGUUUCUGUGCCCGCGGACCGAUCCGAAGAUCGACCGCCGAAGAUCUUCCAUCGGAGAUUCGUCGCACGCGCCUCGUCGCGUCCGUUCCUGCCGCGACGGUUUCGAUCCGUCGAAGGUCAAAAAAGUCUGCUUCCGAGCUGGAAGCAGAUCGUUCCGAUCAUUUAGGAUCGUCCGGAAGGGUCGAGGAAGCGAUCGCAGAUCCCAGGAUACCGUUUCGCGAGUGUCUGAAAUCGCGGCCGUUUCCCAUCGAGUGCGCAUCUUGACGUAAUGCGCGACAACGAACCGGGGCUUCGCGUUGAUUACGUGCCGACAGUCGCGUUGCGCAACGAGAUCGUCGGACGCAGAAGAUCUUGAGCGACCGAGGAGUGCCGCAUCGGAUCCGGACCAACGGGAGGAAGCGGGAGCGAACGAUCGUCCUCGGGAUCGUGAUCGGGAAUGACGGCGCCUCCGCUCGGGCUGAUGGAACGACCAGAAGAAGACGUUCCAGCGGUGGCGCGAGGAUGACGCCGACAAGGACGGUGGUCGGGUUGUCGAGGCUGCUCGUCCUCGUGCCUGUCACCGUCUGCGCGACCAUUUCCUACGCCAGCCAGGAACCGCCGCGUUGCCAAGACCGAACGCCACCCCCUCAGACCUUGGCGAAGUGUCGAUACGACGACGACUGCAUGAAGAAUGCAUACUGCUGGAAUCAGGAGGCCUGUCUCUGCAAAGACGACUAUAUCGUCCACAAGAAUGGCACGGACACCGUUUGUCUAAAAGUGGCGAACGCCAUAGGGGACCCAUGCGAGGCGGAUAUUCAGUGUCGCGUGACCUUCGCCCCGUUCUCCGAGUGCCGAGAAAAUAUCUGUCAGUGUUCCGACGGCUCUCACUACGAGAUGGGACGAUGCUACGAGUCCGUCGGUCUGGGAAAGUACUGCAAGACGAGCCACAAUUGCUACAUCAAAGACAGCUACUGCGUGACGGGAUUCUGCGCGUGCAGCUACAAUCAUCACCCGAAUCCUCGUCAAGACGGCUGCAUACUGAGCAAAGAGCUCGGCGACCAUUGCGAGCACGAUUACGACUGCGUCGCGGAGUACGCGAGGUGCGUCCUCGACAGCUGCACCUGCAGCGUGAAUCACGUGGUGUCGGCCGAUCGCAAGCACUGUCUGAAGGCUGCCAAUUCGGUGGGCGCACCGUGUCAAGAGGACUCUCAGUGCCAGCUAUUCCUGAAGGACGCGAAGUGCGGCGGUGACGGCAAGUGCGUCUGCCUCGACUACUUCCAUCAGCGGGGCUCCGAAUGCUUCAAGGACGUCGAGUUGAAGGAGCGUUGCCAGAGCCACAAAGAGUGCGUCACGUCGACGUACAGGGACACGUUCUCGACGAAGCCGAUGAACGUCGACUGCGUGAACGGCUACUGUCUCUGCGCACCGAACUACAUCAUGACGGAGGAGCUGCGCGACUGCAUCGGCUACAGCGACAACGGUGUCGCGACAGUAAGCCCUUGGACGAUAGUCUACCAGUUCCUGGCGAUGGUAGUCCUAAUGAGAAUAUCGACGUUUUGAACCUCCGCAAGGGUCUCCAUGGACUUCGAUAGUGCUUGCGCGAGAAGACGUAUCGCUACCAAAGAUAGAAUCCAU